AUGCCGAAGAAGGGCAGGAAGAAGUCGGGCGCGAAGCAGACGCAGGCGCAGAGCGAGCAGAUCACCGCCACCGAGGGGCAGUUGGUCGCUGCGGACAGGAAGAGCGACCUUCCUGAGGUCAAGCUUGAGGAGCGACUGGCGAAGAACGCCGGUAGGAAUGAGGAGUCCAAGGGGGAGUCCAAGGGGGAGACGCUCGGGAAGCCGUGUGCCUUCCUGUGCGGCGCGGUGCAGGGGAUUAGCAUGGACCCAGUCGACCCGGACAAUAGGCCUAGCGUCCGCUGGGCCUACGAUCCAGGGGAUUUCACCGUGUCGUGCGCCGACGGCUUGGGCUGCUGGGCAUGCGACACCGCUUGGAGAAACGACAUCUCGCACACUCGGGCAGAUCGCGACCGCAGCAAAUACAUCAGCGAUUUGGGCAGGGACACCAGCUUGCUCGACGCGCACAAGGAGAAGAAGAACAUCGUCAUCGACAGGGCCAAGAAGAGGCUCCUCACCAAGCGCAGCACUGGCUCCAGCGGAAAGCGCUCAGGCGGGGUCAAGAAGGUCGCAGUGCAGAGCAGGCGGUACGCGGAUUCCUGCUUGAGGAGGCCCGACAACGAUUUUUGGCCCAUCAAGCGGUGCAGGGCCAAGUUUGGGGACCCCAGGAAAAACAAGAAGUUGGGGCGCGUCAUCGUCGUCAUAGAGGGGGUGAAAGGAGUAGAGGUGCCUUCAGACAGCGGGGACAUUCCGUGGAAGAUCGAGAACCGCCAGGGCAUGAGACGCGAGCUCGUGAAGGACGAGGACGUCGGGAGCACCGACGGCGACGAGGAGCUCGCGGAGCAGAAGUUCGAGGACUUGACCACGGCGGACGCCGAGGCGCAGCGCGUGGCAUGCCAGGGCGCACUGGCGAGCAUCUUGGCUGAGUGCGAGCUGACCGCCGAGGAGGCCGCGAAGGAGAAGGAACGCGAGAAGAAGGCCGCCCAGCAGAAGAAGCGCCGUGCCGGGAAGAAGCAGCAGGGCGAGAGGAAGAUAGUGAGGCUUUCUGGGGCUGCAGGGAGCUUCGGCCGGCUGGCCGACACUGAUGACGACGCCUCUUUGGAUAGCGACAUUGAGGAAGGAGCCGAGGAAGGCACCGGAGGCGGCGACGGCGACGACCCGCCGGAGGGCGACGACGAGAGCGCCGAGGAGGGUCAGGAAGGUGAGGGCGGCCAGCGUCGCGGUCGCGGCCGCCCGAAGAAGGACGUGCUCGUGCUGGAGAAGGACAUGUGGCGAGAGUUCAUGGGCUGCGAUGCGACGUCCCGCAUGUUCAACAAGCACAGCGACGUGACUCGCCGUCUCGUCCAGCGUUGGAUCGCCAUUUGCCAGUCCAAGGGCAAGACGGCAAAGGCUGAGGCCGAUCAGACUAAGUACUCGUUGGCGACCAAGCGCCUCAUGAUCAUUGAGCAGGGCAUCAAGUUGCACCGCAAGCGCAUCGAGAGCGGUUCUUCCGAUAAGUCGUACGCCGAGUGGGACUCGGGCUUCCGCAGCCUUCAGGAGUUCGCCAGGGCCGACCCAGCGCAGCCUUUCACGUGCGAGCUGUUGUGGGACAUGCGUCUGACUCUCAAGGCGUCCAUGUGGUCCUCGACGCCCCCCGCUGUCUGGGCCACUGAGUUGUCGGCGAGGUCGCUGCAGGAGUCUUUCGGGUCACUCUGCGACGUUAAGGACAAGCAGUCCACUUACAUCAAGCAGUUGAUCGCCGCCGCGCUCCGCUCCAGAGCCCCGCUCGAGGAGGUUAAGCACGUCAUUUCCAAGGAGAUCGAGUGCCUCGACGCGUUGCCGACGGGGCCCCCCGCCCCCCAGUUGGACCACGACCUCUCGCAGGAAUUGCGCUCCAUGUCAUUGGCGUUCACAUUGCCGGCGAAGUCCUUCGAUCAGAAGGUCCGCGCGAGCCUCCAGCAGGCGAAGAUGGACAUGGCGGACACUUCGAGGCUCUUGAACUUGCUCAUGCAGUACCCGGCGCAGGGGAAGCCCCUCGUCGACGCGUUCGACACCCGGCUCCAGGAGUUCGACGACUUGGUGGGGUGGUUCGAGAGCGUGAAGCGGUCGACCGCCCAGCUCGACGCCGCGCCGGACGUUCCGAUGACCCAGCAGCUCAAGAUGCUGGCUGAUAGCAACGCGAUCGCGUCCGAGGCGGGCUCCAUGGCGGCUGGCCGAGUUUCCUUCCCGGCCGAUCUCGAUCUCUUCGUGCAGCGCAGGGCGACGGCCGCCAAGGUGGCCGCGCAGGCCGCGGUUAAAGAGUUUCUCAAGCAGCGCGAACCCUUGAUGCUCGGUCAAUUCCCUGCUCAGGAAUUGCUGGGCGCGUUGGAGGUCCAGGCCUUCGAGUCGAGCAUGAAAGACUUCGCUGGAGCUGUAAGGGAUAUGAGUUCGUGGAUUGAGCUAGGGACGUCUGGGGUUUUGGCGGCGGUCCUCGAUGGCAAGGAGACGCCUCCGCUUCAUGAUAUGCGGAGGAUUUCGGCUUUGAUCGAGGCAUUUCCGGCCCUCGAGCCCAUCGUGACCCUCAAUGGCGAUUCGGCCGUCGAGGUCGCGCAGCUCGAGGAGCUUAGGAAGUGGGCGGUGGAUCGCUUAGGCCCGCUCGUGAACAAGAGCCUGGUCACCGCCUUCACCGAGCCGUUCGAGACUUUGAUGGGCUGCGUUCAGGUCGCGACGGACGGGCUGGCCGCCGUCGGGAAGUAUUUCGACCUUGAUUUAUCGGAGGAGGCCUUCAAGAUGUCCGUCGGCACCCUCGUUGGCAAGAAGGAGCAAGUCGCGAUCAACGCCAAGAAGCUGGACGACGUCGUCGUGGAUGAGAAGACAACCUUCCGCAUGCACUUCCUCGCGCGCUAUGCCCGCGUGGCCAUGGCCCACGCGUGCUUAUUCGCGGCCGAGGGCGAGGGCGGCUCCCCCGUGAUCUCCAAGGCCCUUCCGCUGACCGAAGGGGUGGCCGCGCUCGCCAUCGCAGCGAAGAAGGAUAUCGAUUCGUUCGAGGCUUGGUUCAAGGGCGUCGGGGCGGAGCGGGCCAAGUCUCAUUCUGAAGGCUGGAUCUGCGACAUGAGCGCGCUCUCCGCGGCGUGCGUCGAGCUGGUCGGUGAGUUCUGGGCGAAGGCGGUGGCCUUCUGGGACAAUCACCUCAACGCCAAGGCGACGGAGCUCAUGGGGGUGGCCCCUCCCAAGUCGCUCGUGGACUCCACCAAGAUCUGCAGCGACGAGGCCCUCCGCAAGAGCUUGGAGCCCGUCGCCGCAUUGGCGGGGCCGAUGGAAAUGACCGCGAAGCUCCACUCUAGCAAGCUCGUCGCGACGGCGGCGUCCCUCGCGGCGAUCUUCACCAGCCUCGCCGCGGCGUUCCCGAAGACGAAGAAGUCCGCAGGCAAAUCGGCUCUCGACGCCGCCAAGCGGCACGGGCGCAUGUGCAUCGUCGUGCAUUGGGCGUACAGCCAGAUCAUCGGGCACAAGCACGAGAAGAAGAGCGACCUCAAGAACCUCGCCAUGAAGGUGCGGGAGCAACUCGCCAAGAAGGGCAUCGGGGACGGCAAGGGCUGCAGCAAGAUGCCCGUGGUGCUGGACAAAAUGCAGAGGCUGGACAUCGACGCCCUGCGGUCGCACUACAGCGCUGGGCUCUUCCUCGUGGACGGUAAGGAGCUCAAGACGCAGCUGGCGCAGGUGCCCCUGCGCGUGCUGCGGAUCAUGUCGGACAGCCCGGAGCCACACCCCCAGGCAGAGCCCACCUUGGAUCUGCUCUUGCAGAAGGAGGAGGCGCGCGUGGCCAUGAGCGUCACCGUGCAGGGCAAGCUCACCAUGGCCGGCACCCUGCGCGGGCUGGAGCGCCGGGGCAGCUCGCGGGCCCUGUGA